GUCAGUUCGCCAAGACACGGCUGAGGUUGCUUGCGAGGGGAAGGAAACCUCUUCAUGUACGCGACUGCGCCUAAUCAACCUCGAUGUCAUUCGCAUAGCGACAACAAGCAACAAGCCUCGACCUCAUCUUUGAACAGCUCCUGCUAGGGAAAGCAUUUCACCUUCACCACGACCUAGGCAGCAUGGCGUCGGCCACGACGGCAAAGGCAUGGCGCUUCACCAGCACCGGGCAGCCAUCCGAGAUCCUUCGUCUGGAGGAGGUCCCCAUGCCCACACUCCCGCCUCCACCUGCUCUGCUCUUCUCUAAAAAGAGGAACAAUAAAGCAUCCAGCGCCGACCGGGAGCAGGAGGAAUGGCUGAUCGUGCGGGUUGCUUACACAGCGCUCAACCCGGGGUCGCAGUUUCACUUCAACGUCAUCCCCGCGUUUGCCCGUGCGCGGACCUGUACCCCAGAGCUCGACUUUUCAGGGACGGUGGUUGACGUGUGGAGACCCGACCAACACGACUCGGCAAGUCGGGGCGAUCAAGGACCAUCGAGAGGCUUCAGCAAGGGCGAUGAGGUCAUUGGCUUCAUGCCCAUCACAUACACGUAUCCGACUGGAGAUGGCGCACUGACCAACUACAUCCGCGUUCCCGCGCGGUACGUCAUUCGCAAGCCCGAAAGCGUCACCCUCAAGGAAGGCGCCGGGCUGAUGUGCGCGUCGUGUUCGGCGGUCAUGCUGACCGACGAGGCGCAUGUGAAGCGCGGGGACCGCGUGUUGAUUGUCGGUGCGAGUGGCGGUAUCGGGACGAGUGCUGUGCAGCUGGCGAAAAGUCUCGUUGCAGAGAGCGGAGGGGAAGGCCUGGUAGUUGCUGUGUGCUCUGGGAGGAACCAAGAAUUAGUGCUAGGGCUUGGUGCUGAUGAGGUCAUCGACUACACCAAGCAUGAAGACCUCGCUGCGGAGCUCACCCGCCGUUUCGCUGACAAGCCUUUCGAUGCCAUCCUAGACGUUCACGGGAACCAAGCAGUAUACGUGCAGUGUGCAAACUAUCUCAAGGCCGGCGCAGAUUACGUCGCUUGCAGUGCCCAGCUGGAGUCGUGGACGUUGGGCCACUUUCUGCGCACCUUCUGGCUCAUCCAGUGCAACACAUACUGGCCUCUGUCCUGUUGGCUGGGAGGAACGGGGCGGAAGUUCAAGCUCAUCGCCAUGAUGGAUCCUGGAAGGGCUUUGAUGGAGAAGACAGCAAGUCUGGCAGAGGCCGGAACUCUAAAAGUCUGUGUCGACAGUGUUUGGGAAUAUGAGAAUGCGCUGCAGGCGUACGAGAUACUGAUUUCAGGCAGGGCAAGAGGUAAGGUGCUGGUUAAAUGGUGAGGUGACUUGGCAGACAACUUGUACCACUAUUAUGUAGUUGAUUAAACUCCUCUCAAAAUCCGCUGAUCAAGCGCAUUUAGUGUUUUAAAUGCUGGAGAAAGGACCGCUGUGUAAGCUCGGUUUUUCUGCUACCACC